AUGUCUUUCAUUACGGGCAACAGCUUCAACCCUGACACAGAGAUCCCGGAUCUCAAGGGCAAGACCUACCUCGUCACUGGUGGCAGUGUAGGCAUUGGAUUUGGCGUCUGCGCUCAUUUGAUCCAGCACAAUGCACGAGUCUUAAUGCUGUCAAACAAAGAGGAUCAUGCCGAGGAAGCGAUAGAGCAAAUGAAGCAGUGGGGCAAUACUGACUUGAUUGAAUGGAUCAAGUGUGACCUAGCGAACUUGAAGCAGACUGAUGAAGCUGCAAACAAGAUACUGGAAAAGGAGAGUGUGCUUCACGGAAUGUGUAUGAACGCCGGCCUUGGUGUUGGCAAGUACUGGGAGACAGUCGAUGGCCUUGAUAGCCACUUUCAAGUCAACUGGCUAAGCCAGCUGCAUCUCGUGCUAAAGCUGCUCCCACUACUCAAGAAGGAGCCCGGUGCAAGACUAGUAUUCCAGUCAUCUGACAUGCACCGACUACCAGAGGACGAAACCAAAUUCAUCGACGUCAACGAAAUCAAUACCGACCUCGGCCCUACCAAACUAUACAACCGCACAAAGCUCGCCCAAGUCCUAGGCAUGCUGGCCAUCCAGCGACGCAUGGAAAAGGGUGGAGAUUCAAAGGUCAACGCCAAAGCCAGCGAUAAGAUCUACGUCAACGCAACUCACCCUGGCGCCGUCUCUACGGAUCAGCCAGAGCAAGCCAUCGAAGCUUAUGGCUCUGCUUUGAAGCCUGUAGUCGCGGCUAUGAGAACAUUUGUGAUGAAAGACCCUGUUGCCCAGGGUUGCAGACCUAUGUUGUAUGCGGCUACCAGCCCGGAGAUCGAGGAGAAGGGCAUUACAGGAAGUUAUAUCGUGCCAGACAAGAAGGUCACGUCGCCUAGCAGUAAGGCUCAGAACGUUGAGUUGAGUGAGCAGUUGUGGAAGUUGAGUCUGCAGUUGUUGGAUGAGAAGUUGAAGUAG